GCGCUGGGCAUGCCGGGUAAGCGGAAGAGGCCAUAUUGUCUUCCUGUCAGCGGCUGAAGGAGAGAGUGCGGUCAUGAAGCUGUUCGGCAGCGCUCGGAUCCUCUCUAGGAGGCUGUACUCUGCAAAAGCAGCUUCGAAGCCAGAAGCUGCUGCCAAAGCACGUCUUCUUCCUGAGGAGCUUGAGAUCACAAAGUUGUCAAAUGGGCUGGUUAUUGCCACUCUAGAAAACCACUCCCCAUCUUCUAAGAUCGGAGUGUUUAUAAAGGCAGGAAGCAGAUAUGAAACCGCCAGCAAUUUGGGUGUUAAUCAUGUUUUACGUCUUGCAUCUAACUUGACAACUAAGGGAGCCUCAGCAUUUAAAAUUACCCGUGGCCUUGAAGCUGCUGGUGCUGGCUUAAGUGUGACAUCAUCAAGGGAAAAUAUUGUGUACUCUGUGGAUUGUCUUCGAGAUUAUGUGGAUACUGUAAUGGAAUAUCUCAUUAAUGUCACUACUGCCCCAGAAUUCAGACGAUGGGAGGUCUCUGAACUUUCUCACCAAGUAAAGAUUGAUAAAAUGUUGGCUUACCAAAAUCCACAAGUUGGUAUCUUGGAAAAUCUUCAUGCUGCAGCUUACCGCAAUGCUCUUGCGAAUUCAUUGUUCUGUCCUGACUACAGAAUUGGAAAAGUUUCACCAGAUGAGUUGCAGCAGUUCGUGCAGAAUCAUUUCACAAGUUCAAGAAUGGCCCUCGUUGGAUUAGGUGUCAGCCAUUCUGUCCUCAAACAAGUUGGAGAACAUUUUCUUAAUAUCAGAAGUGGUGGAGGUUCUGCAACCAUCAAAGCUCAGUAUCGUGGAGGUGAGAUCCGAGAGCAAAAUGGAGAAAGUCUUGUCCAUGCUGCCAUUGUGGCAGAAGGAGCAGCAGUAGGGAGCCCUGAAGCAAAUGCUUUCAAUGUCCUCCAGCAUGUUGUCGGAGCAGGGCCUUACAUCAAAAGAGGUAGCAACUCGACCAGCAAACUGUCCCAAGCAGUGUCCAAGGCAACUAGUCAGCCCUUUGACGUUUCUGCAUUUAAUGCAAGCUACUCGGAUUCUGGUCUUUUUGGAGUCUCCGUUAUAUCCCAGGCUGCUGAUUCUGGAGAUGUCAUUAAAGCUGCUGUUGACCAGGUGAAAGCUGUUGCUGGGGGCACUGUAAGCGAGUCUGACAUCGCACGAGCAAAGAACCAGCUGAAAUCUCAGUACUUUCUAUCCACUGAAAACUCCUCAGGACUGUUGAAUGAGAUUGGGUCCCAGGCACUUGCAGCCGGUUCCUACACACCACCAGCUGCUGUCAUCCAACAAAUAGAUUCUGUGACCAAGGCAGAUGUUGUUAAUGCUGCAAAGAAAUUUGCAUCUGGAAAUAAAUCUUUGGCAGCUAACGGGAACCUGGAAAGCACCCCAUUUGCUUCAGAUCUCUAAUACGGCUCCAGCAAGACUUCAUGUAACAGCAUAUGUUUCUGGCUAAGCCCUUAGAAGUUUACCUUCUAUAAAUUGUUCUCGUUACUAGCUUGGUAUAAGGAAAUUGAAUUAUUUAUGAAACUAGACCAUAAAUGUGACUUGUGACGGGGAGAGUUUUGGAAGGCUUCUUAUUGUGGUCUGUGGAAAAUGCUCAUCUAAAACCUGCACCACAUAAAAUAAAAAAUGACUAUUUCUAUU